CCUCUCUCUCAUCUCCCCCGCCCCCGACUUCCCACGCGCGCGCCUUUCCCUUCUUUCCCCCGCGCCCGCGCCUUCCGUUCUUUCCCCCGCGCCCGCGCUUUCUCUUCCUCUCUCUCUCUCUCUUUCUGACGAAUCCACCUUCUACGCGCUGUCUAUCGCUCUCUCGAAGGCCCCCACCUGCUCGUCCUCCGCUAACUGUGAGGGCUACUUUCGCUCACAGUGAGCAAUAAUGGACGAUCUCCUUCGGGUUGGGGGCUCCUUUAAUUCUGUGACAUUUCUGCCAGUGGUGACGGUCUGGUGCUUUUGAUUGUUGUUGCUACGCCCGCGUAAUCUUUAAAAGGGUUGUUUGGGAAAAAUGUUAAACCAUGGGGCGUUCUUGAAAAUUUUGCUUUUAGUAUGGGACGAAUUUGAAGAAAGGAGGGUUCUAUCUUGCCGACCACCUCUUCUUUUCAAACUAAAACCGGGAGAGUGCGGGAGCGGGAGAAAGCGGAAGGACAGGAGAGAGAGAGGGAGAGAGAGAGAGAUGUGAAGGUGAAGGGAAGAGACGAGGGAGGAAAAGAGCAGACGAGGGAUUGAGAGAUAGAGUAGAGAUAGAAUAGAAGGAGAGGGACGGUAGUGGAGAGCUUUCUCCUCACUCCCUAGAGCAGGGGGUGACAGUUGAAUUAUUAAGAGCAUUGCUUCAGCAAGAGCAUUGAGUAUAGAAAGAGAUGAACCCAGCUAGGGAUAAUGAAGAAGAUGGAGAUGUCUUUAUCAAUGAGGAUGACAUUAUACAUGCAGAAACACUUGAUGAUGAAGAUCUUCCUGAUGCCAAUGAUGGGGUGGACUCCGAUGCUGAAGGAAGUAACAUAGAUGAAGCUGAUGACUCUCUUCAUGUAUUCGUUGGUCAUUCUGGUGAACUGUAUUCUCUUGCAUGCAGCCCACUUGAUCCUCUAUUAGUGGUGACUGGAGGUGGAGAUGACAAGGGAUUUGUUUGGAAGAUUGGUCAGCUGGAAUGUUUGGAACUUGCAGGACACAAAGAUUCAGUUUCUUCUUUGUCUUUCAGUGCUGAUGGUCAGUUGAUUGCUUCUGGAAGCUUUGAUGGGACUGUUCAAAUCUGGGAUGCAGCUUCUGGGGCCCUGAAGUGUGCUCUUAGUGGUCCUGGUGGAAGCAUCGAGUGGAUCCAGUGGCACCCAAAGGGACACAUAAUCUUGGCAGGCUCUGAUGACUGCACUGCUUGGAUGUGGAACGCUGAUAAAAAUGUUUGUCUCAAUGUAUUCACUGGUCAUGGUGAUUCUGUUACCUGUGGGGAAUUUACACCUGAUGGUAAAACCAUUUGCACGGGCUCUGAUGAUGCAUCAUUGAGGAUAUGGAAUCCAAAGUCUGGUGAAACAGUCCAUGUGGUUAGAGGUCAUCCAUAUCAUACAGAGGGAUUGACAUGCUUGAAGAUUAGCUCAGACUCCGCUGUUGCAGUAACUGGUUCAAAGGAUGGGUCUGUUCAUUUGGUUAAUAUUGUUACUGGCAAGGUCAUCAGUUCUCUUGUUUCUCACACGGGUUCUAUCGAAUGCAUUGGACUUUCACAGGGUUUCCGCUGGGCGGCAUCUGGAAGCAUGGACCAAAAGCUUAUUAUUUGGGAUAUGCAACAUUCGUUGGCACGUUGUACCUGUGAUCAUGAGGAGGGAGUGACUUGCCUGUUGUGGCUAGGGUCAUCAUCCCAGUACGUUGCUACUGGCUGUGUAGAUGGGAAAGUUAGGGUUUGGGACAGCCUAUCUGGGAAUUGCUUGAGAACCUUUUCUGGGCAUUCUGAUUCAAUCCAGUCUUUGGGAGUCUCAGCCGAUGGGCAAUAUCUUGUCUCAGUUUCACUGGAUACAACUGCCAGAGUUUUUGAAAUUGCUGAGUUUUGUUAAAGGAAUGCAUGGUAACUUAGUGCUUGUAUGGUUCAGGCGAAAUUGUGUCGUUCUCCUGUAUGAUUGUCUAUUCAGUAAAUUUCUGGUGAUCUCUCUUAAGCAAUUAAUUUAAUCAAAUAGUUUACAAUUGUCAA